UUUUGACGUCUGCGGGUCUUCGCAGGAGGGUGUGUUUACAUUGACGUCACAGCAGUUUGCCGAAGGAUCUAGUUCUGAUACAUCAGCAUCAUGUUCCAUGGGAUACCAGUUACAGGAGGUGUGGGAGGAGCUCCGGUCAAUAAGCCUGAGUUAUAUGAGGAGGUGAAAUUAUACAAAAAUGCAAGAGAACGAGAGAAGUAUGAUAACAUGGCAGAGUUGUUUGCUGUUGUAAAGACCCUUCAGGCCCUGGAGAAGGCUUACAUCAAAGACUGCGUCACACCUAAUGAGUACACAGCUUCCUGUUCCAGACUGUUGGUUCAGUAUAAGGCUGCUUUCAAGCAGGUGCAGGGCUCUGAUGUGGGCUCCAUCGAUGACUUCUGCAGAAAGUACAGACUCGACUGCCCCCUUGCCAUGGAAAGGAUUAAGGAAGAUCGGCCAAUCACCAUCAAGGAUGACAAGGGCAACCUGAACCGCUGCAUUGCAGAUAUAGUUUCUCUCUUCAUCACUGUGAUGGACAAACUGAGACUGGAGAUCAGGGCCAUGGAUGAGAUCCAGCCAGACCUGAGGGAACUGAUGGAAACUAUGAACAGAAUGAGUAACAUGCCUCCGGACUCAGAGGCUAAGGACAAAGUCAGCCUCUGGUUGACCACCCUCAGCAGCAUGUCGGCCUCAGACGAGUUGGAUGAUAAUCAGGUGCGCCAGAUGCUGUUUGAUCUGGAGUCGGCCUACAAUGCCUUCAACCGCUUCCUCCACUCCUCCUAAAGCAUCUGCCCAUCAUUGAUCCAUCUGUAUGACAUUUUGACUCUAAUAUCUAUUAAGUUUAUUGGUAGGGAGUGGAUGUAUAUCUGGACAGGCUUUCGGUCUCAUAUCCCCCCAAAUCUUUUCGUACGUCCUUUGUUCAUGUUGUGUACUAUUCAAAUUGCACCGCCUUGUAUACUCCUCUGUGUCUGGUACAUGAUAUCAUGCCCACCAGGCUCGCCCUGUGCUCUGAGACGCUACAUUGGCCUCUUUUCUAGCUAAACUUGUGUGAUACAUCCUUUAACAUUGGCUGUUUAUUCUGCCCUUGACAAAACAGUUUACUUCUAACUUUGUACUGUAAUAUCGAAAAGGUCUAAUUUUAUACUUAAGUUUUGCAGAGCACCAACAAAGAAGCAUGAUACAAUUAUAUUGGGCAAAGUCCAAACAUGAAGAAAAGGUUGCAACAGCCAAAGCCUUUGUAUUAUUGGAAAGAUAAAUAUAUAUUUUUUUCUUUUUGGUACCCUAAUUCUAUUCAAUACCUGCCACUUGGGGUCAAUUUAGCAUUUUCUGGUCUGUAUACCAUUUUGCUUUUCUAUCACACUCAUUUUUACUGCAGAAUCCUGCAAUAGGUUUUAUAGCUGACAUACGUAGGUGGUCAGUUAAUGGAAAAUGAAUGCAGCUGAAAUAAUUGUUUGGACUUUAAGAUUAAACUGCACUUCAGAUUAAUAAUUAUAUUGAAACUAUGGUGGAAGGUGUAGUUUGUGUACAUUUUCUAGCCCUGUUUUCUUUUAACAUACUUAAUCCAUCUUUCCUUUGGAAGUGAGGGCUUGGCUUGGGUAUGAGUAAGUUGGACACACUCCCUCCUUAUUUUCUUUUCUAAAUAUGUUUCAACCCUCAAACACCUUUAGGGAGAACAUAUUUAUUAAGAUUUAUCAUUGUAAAUAAUUGUUUUGAUUUUUAAAUAAGAGCAUGUAACACCUUUUUAGAAAUAAAGAUGAAAAAUCUACCUCCAA